AUGGCAACAAAGAGCAAGGGUCGCCAAAAGAUUGUUAUGGCAAAAAUGACCAAGGAAAUUAAUCUCAGCGUUACAUUUUCCAAGAGGCGUUGUGGGUUAUUCAAGAAAGCGAGUGAGCUUAGCACCCUAUGUGAUGUAGAGAUUGCAAUCAUCGUCUUCUCUCCUGGGAAAAAAGUUUUCUCAUUUGCAUAUCCGAAUGUUGAACAAAUCCUUGAAAAGUUCCUCAAUGCUCAGGACCCGAGUCCAAUGAAUUCAACCACCCUUCAACUUGUACAGGCUCUUCGCAGUGCAAGGGUUCGUCUACUCAACAAGGAACUCUCUGAGUUGCUUAUAUAUUCGGAAGAGCAGAAGAAACAAGGGGAGGAGCUCACAAAAUUGAAGAAGCAACGACAAGAAAUGUUCUGGUGGGAGGCUCUGAUUGAUGAUCUUCGAUUUGAACAACUUGAUAUGUUGAAAACAGGUAUGGAGGACCUCAAGAGAAGCAUCGCAACACACGCUCAGAAUCUUGUGAUGAUGGAACACGCACUAGCACUAGAUGGGUGUAGCACCAGCACUGGACUUUCAAUGACACCAAAUGGAUUUAAUCUCGGGCACGGAUGUGGACAUCCAAUUGUGUACCAAAAUGAGGGAACCCAACUAGGGGUGUGA